GGAGCCAACAGCGUGGUGGAUGACCUCCAGCAUGCGGCCGUCACAGCUGCACCUCACGCUUGUGGCCAUCCGCCGUUUCUAACUAAGGGUAAUGACCAGGCAUAGAACCAACCCUGGAGAUGCCGAAGAGAAGAGAUAUUCUUGCCAUCGUGUUAAUUGUGUUACCAUGGACCCUCCUCAUCACUGUGUGGCACCAAAAUGCAAUUGCCCCCCUGCUUGCCAUCCGAAAGGUCUGUCGCCAUCUAGUAAAAGAGAUCUUAAUCAUACCAGAGCGACUUCCCAUCCACCGGCAACGGCUAGCAGAUGACGGGACGGAGGCAAGGCACGAGAACGGCCCCGCCACGGACUCAAAGGAAUACUGCUCACAGGACAAGGACAUAGUGGAGGUGGUCCGCACAGAAUACGUGUACACAAGACCUCCGCCCUGGUCCGACGUAUUGCCCACCAUCCACGUCAUUACCCCGACAUACAGCCGCCCGGUGCAGAAGGCGGAGCUAACGCGAUUGGCUAACACCUUCCUUCAUGUGCCCAACCUGCACUGGAUCCUGGUGGAGGACUCGCAGAGGAGAACCCCUCUGGUCACGAGGCUUCUGAGGGAAACAGGGCUAAACUACACACACCUCAAUGUGGAGACCCCGAGGAACUACAAGCUGCGAGGGGACACGAGAGAUCCCAGGAUUCCACGGGGCACCAUGCAGAGGAACCUGGCCCUGAGAUGGCUACGGGAGACUUUCAACUCCAACAGCAGCCAGGCGGGGAUCGUCUACUUUGCAGAUGAUGAUAAUACGUACAGUUUAGAGCUGUUUGAGGAGAUGCGAUCAACUCGUAAAGUAUCAGUGUGGCCUGUAGCGUUUGUUGGAGGUUUACGGUACGAGUCUCCAAAGGUUAAUGCAGCGGGGAAAGUGUACGGCUGGAAAACAGUAUUCGACCCUCAUCGGCCCUUUGCCAUCGAUAUGGCAGGGUUUGCCAUCAACCUGCGGCUCAUUCUGUUUAAGCCUCAGGCCUACUUCAAGUUACGAGGGGUGAAGGGAGGCUACCAGGAGAGCAGUCUGCUCAGAGAGCUGGUCACUCUCAAUGACCUGGAACCCAAAGCGGCCAACUGCACUAAGAUUCUUGUGUGGCACACAAGGACGGAAAAACCUGUCCUGGUAAAUGAAGGCAAGAAAGGCUUCACAGACCCAAACGUGGAGAUCUGACAUCUGCUUUAACGCCGGUAAUGAAAAAGCAACUUAAUCACGGCGUCACUGAGCGAACAUGGGGUCAUUGAAGGACACGAGAUCAUGUGUUUAAAACGCAUCUGGCCCUGCGAAGUGGGAGAAGUGUGGCUCUGUACAGAUGUAUACACUGAACACUCCUCUCACUUUGCGUUGCAGGGAUGCUUCCAGCAGGACCCAAAAGGGAAUGGCGGGGAGUUAUUACCAACUACCACAUUUUUGUACAGUUUGGAUGCUUUUUUUUCCUGUAAACCACAACUGAAUGAGUUCAACAAGAUGGACCUAUUAUUCUAAAGCACAGAUAGUCUUUUUAAAGGCAAUAUCAUCAGUAUUUUGCGAGAACAAAACCAGAAGGCGAGAAUAUUGUGGUGUAUAUUGAUCAUCCAUGAACGGUUAUAACUGCUCACUUCCUGGAUUUUAUGAACUCACCGUUGAGAAGAGACACAAGAUAUCUCGAAUGGUCAUCAGUUUAGGAACGUCAAUGUCGUACAGACCGAUACUUAAACCUAAAGAAGGGAAUGUCUUCUUUUUUUAUAUAUAAUAUGUAUUAUUACGUUUGUUUUUGUUGUUUACAUCACUGUCUUGCUAGCACAGCACUACUGAUAUUUUGCCUAAAUACAAGUUCAGCGUCACUCUGCGGUAUUAAAUCAUAUAAUACCAGGGCUAGCUGCUAUACUGGAUUUAGCGAUUACAAGGUUGUUGUUACACGGUCCUCAUGAAUCAUGACUAAGACCUAAAUAGCACUUGAAUUUGUUCCUCUGUGUCCAUUGUUCCUGUUAGGACAUGCGUUGUAAAUAUAACUUAAAGAUGAACUAUCAGAGACUUUAAAAUAAAGUGAUCUAGCGUUCAACAGAACGAGCAAUGUAACUACUGUAUUUGUACUUCGGUUUAAAGUAAGAAUCCAUAGUUUUAGUUUACUAUUACAACAUUCAUAAUCCUUCACUCAUGUUCACAGAGGUCCUACCAAAGGAGACGGAGCUGAUGGGUAAAGGGUUUUACAUUUACGUUAGCCUUCAGUAUUAAUUGAGCUAGCCUCCAAAAGCAGCACAGAGCUCGCCUCAGUAAAUAUUCAGAUGUAUUAAUGUGUCAAACCGAAGCUUUGGGCUUUGCAGAGGAGAUCUGUCUUGAAGACAUGUUGCUGUACUAAUGAAGCUAAAGCUGAGACACCUGGGAAUCUAGCGCGAACUAAAUCUCAGCUUGCAGAAAGCUAGUUUCUUACAUAAAAAAAUUAAAUAAACCAUGAGCAUGUGAAUAUUCAAGACUGAUGAACUAAUAUUAUGAUACAUCUGACCUGAUUGGCGUUAGACUCAGUUUGUGUAUCCAUUUUAUAGACCCAAAAUCGUUUAUUUCGAAUGGCCCGAUCCUGGUUCUGGUGUCAAGGGAAAUUGAGUCUCCAUUAGGACCCCAAGUAACACCACUGACUGACAUAACUUUUAAUGUGAGCCUGGAUAAAAUGACUACAAAAUCAUGUUACAGUAUAUGUAAUUUGAACGUUAUAAUUACCAUUUAAUGUCUGUUUUAGUUACCUUACAUACUAGCAUGCCACACAGAUACAAAAUUAGCCUGCUUAGCUUACACACACUGCACUUGCACUUAGACUACAUGUAUUCACAACGAGUUAAUUCAUAUUAUUAUUAUUUAUUAAUAGUUUGUAAAGCGAACGCCAUUACAUUACGUCACAUGUGUUUUCUUAUGCACUAAACAGUAAGCAAUUAUAUGCAUAUUUUAGAUUAAUUUGUGUGAACUUAUAACUAUUGAAGGAUAUUUUUGCUGAUAUUAAAUCAGCCUUGUAUUGUUACAAAGUUAUGGUGUUUUAACAGUUAACAGUAACAAAUAAACAGGGAUUUUUGGGUACAGAUAACAUGGAGAAAGAGUAUACAUUGUUCAUUUACAUAUACUAAUGGCAUUGCAGAGCGAAAAAUCUGUUAAAAUUGUCCUUUGGAUAGUUGAUGGAGACCUGAUUUCUCACGACAUUUUCUCAAAUUGUACAACAAAACGGCAUUAGACUGUUCAACCCGGAUCGGAUUUAAUCAGAGUGCGAACUAUCAAUAAUUUUAUCCGAAACUCCUAGUGCUUCAGUAGAACGGAAGUUAUAAAUAAAUAAAAGUAAUUUAUGUUUAAAUUAUACAUUUUUCAGCAUGUUUUCAUGUAUUUAUUAACCUCAGCAUGGUCAACAGGUGGAGGGUGAAUGCUCAAGCACGCUUCUUUACUGGAGACACAAGCAGAAACACAGUUCAUUUUAAACUACCACUAGGGGGCCAAGUGCGACAGUCGUAGACUGGGAAAAGCCGGCCAGCCACGGUCACGCUAGACUGAAGAUGCGAAAUUUAUAUGGACGCUGCAAUAGUUGCAAUAUGUAUGGAAAGAGGAUUAGGGCCAAGCAAUAAUAAAAAAAUAAAACCAUCUCAAGAUUAAAGUCAUUAUAAUGCAAGAUUAAAC